AAAGCUGUAACUCAAAUCAAAUCGAUAGUGGAGAGUAGCGAUAGUCGUCGUCAACUUGAAUAUUCUACUUAUCUCGCUAUGGCUCAAUCUUACCGGGAAAAAUAUCAAUUGAUAGAAGCCAAUGAAUACAGUGGAAAAGCAGAAAAGUUAGCUGAGAAACUAGAAGAGGUCAAGAUUUCUUAUUGUUUCGAUAUCCAGGGCGACUGUAAACGACUUCAAGGUGAUUUUAUGGGUGCUUUGCGUGAUUACAACAAAUCACUUCAAAUAAAAUUAAAAUCGUUAGGGAGUGAACAUCUUGAUGUCUGUGAGUCCUAUCAGAACAUUGGCUUGGUCUAUCAGAAUCAAGGCAAGCAUGACGAGGCUUUAAAGGAAUACAAUAAAUCAUUAAGGAUUAAGCUGAAAAUUCUUGAAAAUAAUGAUCCUAGUAUUGCUGUAUUAUAUAACAGCAUUGGACAAGUCUAUCAAGACCUAGGCAAGUAUGAUGACGCUCUAUCAAUGCAUAACAAAUCACUCAAGAUUAAUCGAACACAACUUGGCGACAAUCAUCCAAGUAUUGCUACAACAUAUAACAACAUUGGUCGUGUUUAUAAUCAUCAAGGCAAGUAUGAUGACGCUCUAUCAAUGCAUAACAAGUCACUCAAGAUUACACAAACACAACUUGACGACAAUCAUCCAAGUAUUGCUGAUACAUAUGACAACAUUGGUCUUGUCUAUGAUAAUCAAGGCAAGUAUGAUGACGCUCUAUCAAUGCAUAACAAGUCACUCAAGAUUAAUCUGACACAACUUGGCGACAAUCAUCCAAGUAUUGCUACAACAUAUCACAACAUUGGUCGUGUUUAUAAUCAUCAAGGCAAGUAUGAUGACGCUCUAUCAAUGCAUAACAAGUCACUCAAGAUUACACUGACACAACUUGGCGACAAUCAUCCAAGUAUUGCUACAACAUAUGACAACAUUGGUCUUGUCUAUGAUAAUCAAGGCAAGUAUGAUGACGCUCUAUCAAUGCAUAACAAGUCACUCAAGAUUCAACAAACACAACUUGGCGACAAUCAUCCAAGUAUUGCUACAACAUAUCACAACAUUGGUCGUGUCUAUAAUCAUCAAGGCAAGUAUGAUGACGCUCUAUCAAUGCAUAACAAGUCACUCAAGAUUAAUCUGACACAACUUGGCGACAAUCAUCCAAGUAUUGCUACAACAUAUGACAACAUUGGUCUUGUCUAUGAUAAUCAAGGCAAGUAUGAUGACGCUCUAUCAAUGCAUAACAAGUCACUCAAGAUUCGACAAACACAACUUGGCGACAAUCAUCCAAGUAUUGCUACAACAUAUGACAACAUUGGUCGUGUUUAUAAUCAUCAAGGCAAGUAUGAUGACGCUCUAUCAAUGCAUAACAAGUCACUCAAGAUUAAUCUGACACAACUUGGUGAUAAUCAUCCAAGUAUUGCUGAUACAUAUAACAACACUGCAAAUGUCUAUGAUAAUCAAGGCAAGUAUGAUGACGCUCUAUCAAUGCAUAACAAGUCACUCAAGAUUAAACUGACACAACUUGGCGACAAUCAUCCGAGUAUUGCUGAUACAUAUAACAACACUGCAAAUGUCUAUAAUCGUCAAGGCAAGUAUGAUGACGCUCUAUCAAUGUAUAACAAAUCACUCAAGAUUAAACUGACACAACUUGGCGACAAUCAUCCGAGUAUUGCUGAUACAUAUAACAACAUUGCAAAUGUCUAUGAUAAGCAAGGCAAGUAUGAUGACGCUCUAUCAAUGUAUAACAAGUCACUCAAGAUUAAACUGACACAACUUAGCGACAAUCAUCCAAGUAUUGCUGAUACAUAUAACAACAUUGCAAAUGUCUAUGAUAAUCAAGGCAAGUAUGAUGACGCUCUAUCAAUGUAUAACAAGUCACUCAAGAUUAAACUGACACAACUUGGCGACAAUCAUCCAAGUAUUGCUGAUACAUAUAACAACAUUGCAAAUGUCUAUGAUAAUCAAGGCAAGUAUGAUGACGCUCUAUCAAUGUAUAACAAGUCACUCAAGAUUAAACUGACACAACUUGGCGACAAUCAUCCAAGCAUUGCUGAUACAUAUAACAACACUGCAAAUGUCUAUGAUAAUCAAGGCAAGUAUGAUGACGCUCUAUUAAUGUAUAACAAGUCACUCAAGAUUAAUCUGACACAACUUGGCGACAAUCAUCCAAGUAUUGCUAUAACAUAUAGCAACAUUGGUCGUGUCUAUAGUGAUCAAAGCAAGCAUAAAGAAGCUAUUUCUAUGUAUAAGCAAUCCCUUAAGAUUCAAUUAUCAGUUUUGGGUCGCAAUCAUCCUGAUGUGACAAAGUCGUAUAGCGGUCUAGGAAAUGUAUAUCUUGCUGAAGGCAAGUAUGAAGAAGCUAUUUCUAUGUACGAGCAAUCCUAUAACAUUCUAUUAUCAGUUUUGGGUCACAACCAUCCUGAUGUCACAAAGUCAUAUAACAAUCUAAGAAAUGUAUAUCAAGCUGAAGGUAAGCGUGAAGAAGCUAUUUCUACGAAUGAGAAAUCACUCAAAGAGAAACAAGAGGAACAAGAGAAGCAAGAAAAGCAAGAGGAGAAACAAGAGGAACAAGAGAAGCAAGAAGAGCAAGAGGAGCUAGAGGAGAAGCAAGAGAAGCAAGGGGAAAAAAGGGAGCAAGAGGAAAAAGAGAAGCAAAAGGAGCAAGAGAAGCGAGAAAAGCAAGAGAAGCAAGAAGAGCAAGGGGAAAAAAGGCAUCAAGAGGAGCUAGAGGAGAAAGAGAAACAAAAGGAGCAAGAGAAGCAAGAAAAGCAAGAGAAACACGAGAAGCAAGAAGAGGAAGAUGAGUUAGCAGAUUCUACUGUAGAGCUUGGCCAACAAAGCGAGAAACCUGAAGAUAAAUCGAUCAACCAGUCUAGAAAUGAAGAACAAACGGCAAUAGAUGAUUUCAAUGACGUCAAUAAUAAAGAAUAUCUAGCUGCUUAUAAUGAAGCUCUACAAGAUGGGGAAUGUCGCAAUGAUUUCACUAAAAUUGUUUUUAGCGGUCCAGAAAAUGUGGGUAAAACGACCAUUAUGAACAUCUUUACAAAUGAGGAAGUCACUAUUGGCAUAACACAAACUCAGAUCAUGGAUAACACUGGCAGAUAUAUCAAUUUCAUUACAUAUAAUAUUUUAGACAAGAAAAUUGAUAGUUUACGAUUAGUAUUAUAUGGGAAAGUGUUAGCGGUAAUAGAGAAAUUCAAAAAGACGUUGAAAAUUUCACCUGACGCAAGUCAAAAUAUCCAACUUAUGCACAUAGAUCGUCAAUUACUGACGACGAAUAUAAGUACAUUGUCAAAUACCGUCAAAACUAAUAGUGCAAUAAACGUAGAUGAUUCUACCGACACUGCUUUAUCUACGGUAUCUACAAAGACAAAGUUUCACAAAAUUUUAAUUUACGAAGAUUUCAUGCGAUCUGUUACUGAUUUAAAAGGCAAAGUACAAAGCGAUGACAGUCAAUAUGGUAAAUUAGUCGAUUUUGGAGGUCAAGCUGUUUAUCAUGUUACACAUCGUCCAUUUCUAUCAGGAAACAGUAUAUAUAUUUUAGUUUUUAAUAUUACCCAUAAAUUCGAUGAUUAUGUUAUUGACAGGCAAGGAAAGAAGACUAAUAUGACUUAUAGACAUGCUAUGCAGGAAUGGCUUACAUCAACCAUAGGCAGCCAUGAUAGCGAUGAGACUAUUAAAGUAGAAAUUAAUGGUAAAAAGGAAGAGUAUUGUUUACCAGUUGUUAUCUUGAUAGCAUCACAUGGUGAUAAAAUUAAAGACGAUAAAGAACGCAAGAGUAGAUUUAAGGCAUUUAGGGAUUCUAUUAUUCAGACAUUAUCUGCAUACAAAUCCAACCUGUGCUGUUCUGGCAUUAUCUUCCAAUAUGAUUCCAACGAUGAUUCCCAAGCGGCUAUUGAACAGCGUAAACAGACUACAUUACAAUUACAUGAGUUAAUAAAGCAAUUCGCCCUUAGUUUACCGUUUAUGAAAGAAAAAAUUCCAAUUCGAUGGUAUCUCAUGGCAUCGAUAUUACAUACUUCAGCCGAUGAUGCAAGCAGACUAGCUGCAUCACAAACAGAAUUCAGUAACAUAAUAAAUAGAAUUCAUAAUAUUAUGACAUUUGAAGAGGUGAAACAAUUAGCUAAAGAUUGCGAAUUAUAUGAAAGCGACAAGAAAUUACGCAGUAUGCUAUUAUAUUUACAUGAUAUAGGUGAUAUUGUCUUUUGUCAGAAGAAAGGCGUAGAAGAAAUGGUUGUAACUAAUCUUGAUUGGCUACUCGGUAUAUUUCGAUCAAUUAUUAAGCUUGAUGAUCACGAAUUUACUAAUGCUAAUGUAAUAGAAUGUUAUAAUGAAGCUCAUCGAACUGGCAUAAUGUCUGAGGUAUGCAUUAAUAGCGUGGCGACCGAAUUUAAGUUGAAAGAGAUUGAGAAAGAAUUUUUAAUACAGUUAAUGGACAGUUAUAACAUUAUCUGUAAAAUCGAGGACGAAUCUAGUGGCCAGGAUAUUAAAAAAUGUCCUCAACAAUAUUUUGUACCUUAUUUACUCGAUCCACUUACUGAUGAUCUAGAUUUAAAUGAUUACUGUACAUCAGAUUGGCUUUACAUUGGAUACAAUAAAGAUAUUAUACCCUAUAUUCCUGAUGGCAUAUUUUAUUGCCAUUUAUCAGCCUGUUUAAAACUUUGGAAUGUUACACAAGUAAAAACUAGUUAUCGAUGUGCAAUAUACGUCAUGCCAAAAUAUCCAUUUCAGAUUAUUCUUAAGAAAGAAGAAUCUUACAUUGGCUUAAUCUAUUGCUAUCAGAAAGAUCCGCCCGACGCAGCAGAACAUAUUAAGAAGAAUAUCUUUAAUUGGAUUAGUGAAGCACGACUACCCUUCGAAGUCCAGGAUCAAUUGGACCAGAUUAUUCAUGAACGAAUGCCAAAAUUUAAGAGAGCUAAAAGUAGAUUUUACGUCAAAUGCUCUUAUUGCAGUAAAAUAGUAGAAAAGGUCGAUAUUCCAUCGAUGCCGAGUCCAGAUUAUAUUCGAUGUGACCAAGAGAAAUGUAGAAAGUAUUUUAAAUCGAAAUCGGUAUGUGAUUGGAUGAUGAAUGAAAAUGAAAGAAUAGCUAGUGAAACUGGUGAGGAAUAUUCCUAUAAAGUAAUAAAAAAUAUUAUUUUUAUAAAAGCCCGUAAUACCGAAAUGUACAGGUAG